AUGGUGCCUACGGAGCCAGAUAUUGUGGAUGGCACUGUUCAACUGAAUGCACCUGGAACAAGCUGUAAUAGUCUUUCUGCCACUACGAGGGCCUCUUACGAGGCAACCACUUCGACGGCUGAUCCGAUUACCGCUGGCAACGUCACAGGAGGUGCACCAGAAGCUUCUUCAGCUUCGAGUCGAUCAGGAGGAACUAGCAAGGUUCUUCCCUCUACAACUUUCCUAGAAACUACUACAAGUCGGGAAGGACUUCCAGCUGGAUCUACUGAAGAAAUUGACCGUGAGGAAAGUGUCCUCCGAGAAAGUGUCGUCCGCGAGAGCGUCCGUAGCACAACAACCGGCGUUGCCAGAAGCAGCAUUAUGAGUGCGGCUCCUCCUGGCUUGGAAUGUGUGUCUCCGGAAAGCCGUGCCCGCAACAGUCGGCGUGAGUCUCAGCGUCGAAGCUUGCUUUUGGGCCUCAAGAAAUACCGCAAGUCGAUCCUCCAAGGACAAGAUUCCUCGCCGAGUCCCAGUGGCUCUGAUGUUGAUGACGAUUUCGACUUUGACCUUGGCACAACGAAGAAAGAAAAAACAAGGACUCCUCCUCGCAGUCGUAGACAGUCUGUUUUAUCUCAACAUAUCUUCGGAACCGGACCCGAUUCCACUUCUUCCCCGACUGCUGGCUAUCUUGCGCAAGGCAGCAGCCUCAGCGGCG